UCAAUCCCUGUCCCCAAAUCAGGGUCGGAGUAUUUUUUUCUUGGCCCUUUUCACUCCACUCCUACCUGGCUUAAAAAGCAUGUUUCCAUUGACUAAAGUGGGAAAACCAUGAGCUCGAAGCUAACUUGAGUUACACAGGGAGACCCCGUCUCCAAAAAAGAAAGGAAGGAAAGGGAAGGGAGGAAGGGAAGGAGAGAGAAAGGGAAGGUAAGGAGAGGAAAGCAAAGUGCCCUAAUGGAGACGGCUCUCAAAGCCUGAGCGUCGCCAACAGGCUUUCCGGAGAAAGCCGAAAGUUGCCGAGCGCUCACGGAGAUAGACGAAGAACUGCGGGAAGGGUCAAGACGCGCGUCCCGAGAGCCCGAGCUCAGGACAGUCGCCAGGCGGAACCGCUCAGGGAGGGCGGAAGUGGGGGGCGGGACGGUGUCGUGUGGCGGAAGAGGCCCGAGGAUUUCCGAAGCGAGCGGAAGCGGCGCUGCCGGGGUCGGGACUAGCCGGAGGCAUGGCCGGGGCGUCCUCGGAGCCCGAGGCGGAGGCUGAGGCGCUGGCCGCGGCGCGCGAGCGGAGCCGCCUCUUCCUGAGCGGCCUGGAGCUGGUGCAGCAGGGCGCCGAGGCGCGCGUCUUCCGCGGCCGCUUCCAGGGCCGCGCGGCCGUGGUGAAGCACCGCUUCCCCAAGAGCUACCGGCACCCGGCGCUGGAGGCGCGGCUCGGCCGGCGGAGGACGGUGCAGGAGGCGCGCGCGCUGCUCCGCUGCCGCCGCGCGGGGAUAGCUGCUCCGGUUGUCUUUUUCGUGGACUAUGCUUCUAACUGCUUAUAUAUGGAAGAAAUUGAAGACUCGGUGACUGUUCGCGAUUAUAUUCAGUCCACUAUGGAGACUGAGAAAGACCCCCAGUGCCUCAUGGGCUUGGCCAGGAGAAUCGGGCAGGUUCUGGCUCGAAUGCACGAUGAAGACCUCAUUCACGGGGACCUCACCACCUCCAACAUGCUCCUGAAACGGCCUCUGGAGCAGCUGCACAUUGUGCUCAUCGACUUCGGCCUGAGUUUCGUUUCGGGACUGCCGGAAGAUAAAGGCGUCGACCUCUAUGUCCUAGAGAAGGCCUUCCUCAGCACCCACCCCCACACCGAGGCUGUGUUUGAAGCCUUUCUGAAGAGCUACGGUGCUUCCUCCAAGAAGUCCAGUCCAGUGCUGAAGAAGUUAGAUGAGGUGCGCCUGAGAGGGAGAAAGCGGUCCAUGGUCGGGUAGCCGUGAAGACUGUCUCACGGGGAGAACGCUGUGGACGAGGCUGGACCGCAGGCUGUGGGGUUAAGUGGCCUGUGAUAGUGCUGUGCCACCGUCACAGAACUGGGUGAGUAGCCCAGGCUGGCCAUGAAUUCAUGGCAACCUUCCUGCCUCAGCUUGCUGGGAUUGGAGAUUAUAAACCACCAUACCUGGUUUUCCACUGAUUCUGUAAGAAAUGAAACAUCAUCUAUGACUAUA